AUGGUGGCCGUGACGCUCAAGUGGGGCAAGCAGUCCUUCGACCUCGACGUGGACCUCGAGCAUGGCACGGUCGCGGGCCUCCGCGCGCAGAUCUACUCGCUGACCUUCGUGCCCAUCGAGCGCCAGAAGCUCAUGUCCAAGGCGUGGAAGGGCAUGCUCAAGGACGACGUCCCGCUCACGACGCUCGAUGCGUCCAAGCUCACGCAGAUCAUGCUCAUGGGCUCGGCCGAAGAGAUCAAGGCGCCGACUGAGAAGAUCGUCUUUGCCGAAGACCUCUCGAGCUCGGAGCUCGCUAGCGCUGGCGUGGCCAUGCCUGCCGGCCUCGUCAACCUCGGCAACACGUGCUACAUGAACGCGACGCUGCAGUGCUUGCGGUACGCGCCCGACUUUCGCGAGGCGCUCAAGGAGUACAAGGGCGGUCUCUCGGCCGACCUCGCGCACAACUUUACCUCGAGCCUCCGCGAUACGUACGCGCAGCUCGACUCGAACCUGGACAGCAUCCCGCCCAUGAUGUUUGUCGACACGCUGCGCCGCGCGUUUCCUCAGUUUGCACAGCAAGGCCCGCGCGGCGGCUACAUGCAGCAGGAUAGCGACGAGUUUGUGUCGGCGCUCUUUAGCACGCUGGGUCGCCAGCUCAAGGCGCCGACGACGACCAUCAAGAGCUUGGAGUCGACCGACAACAUGGUCGAUGCGCUCUUUGGCCUCGAAAUGGAAGAACGCCUCGAGUGCGGCGAGACGGACGCCGAGCCCGUCAUGAUGAAGAAGGAGAAGGCGCUCAAGCUCGUGUGCAAUAUCACGAAGGACACGAACCACAUUUCCGAGGGCAUUACGAUCGGUCUCGAGGGCACGAUUGAGAAGAACUCUGACGUUCUCGGCCGCAACGCGACGUGGAAGAAGACGAUGAAGAUCAACCGCCUCCCCAAGUACAUUUGCGUCCAGUUCAUGCGCUUCUACUGGAAGCUCACGCCCGAGAGCCGCGACCACACGGGCGUCAAGUGCAAGAUGCUGCGCCCGAUCAGCUUUCCCCAAGUGCUCGACAUGUUCCCAUUUUGCUCGGACGAGCUCAAGGCCGUCCUCAAGGUGGGCCGUGACAAGAACGCCGACCUGAUUUUGAACGAAUUCAAAGACAAGAAGCCGGAGACGACGACGGUGGGUGACGCCGAAGAGAAGCCCGACGUGGACAUGGAAGGCCUCUCGGCCGAGGAGAAGGAAGCGCUCGAGGUGGCCAAGACCAUGUCGAUGGCCAACGGCCGCGCGUCGGCCGGCAUUGGUCUCCCGCUCGACUUCCAGGGCAACUAUGAGCUUUUUGCCGUCGUGACGCACAAGGGCCGGUCGGCCGACUCGGGCCACUACAUUGGCUGGGCGCGCGUCAAGGACGACGACUGGCUCUGCUUUGACGAUGACAACGUGAGCCCGUGCAAGACGGAGGACAUUCAGAAGCUCAAGGGCGGUGGCGACUGGCACAUGGCGUACCUCACCUUUUACCGGGCAAAGAACUAG